AUGGCCGAAGGCAAUCAGACAGUUCGCGUGCAACGCCCGAACACGAUCAGUAGCUGGACAGGAACGCAAACCGCUCAGCAUACCGGCAGUAAGAAGGCGUGGGCACCACGAUGGUACCGAUACGAAGCUGGCCCCGUUCGGCAAACGGCACACUUCCGUGGCAAUAGAGAUGUACUUGUGCAAGAUGCAAUGAAUGGUUUCGCUUCAGUUGUCCAAUGUCUCGAACAACUAUCGGCUAUAGACUGUGUGGAGGAACAGAAACAGAAAAGAGGACUCGCGAUGGUUACAGUGCUUCUUAUGAAGCGAAGCGUUGCUCUUGCCGGCGCGCUAACCUUCACGCAACCAAGCGCCGUGCAGAAGGCGUCCAGUGUGCAUUGCAGCGGUGCAGGAUGGCUUCGAAGGAUUCGUGUAGCACUGCAUCAAACGCUCAUACAGCCUGAACCCUGCAUACCGCCCAGUUCCUCUUCCGCACCGCCUUUGUCCAAGGCAUUUGAGGUCUAUACAAUCAAAACAACCCCAAUCAGCCAAGGGACGUGCGAGUCCACUGGAAUCAUUGGUGACAAGUCCCGUUUCCCAGGAACCCAGGGCGACUGUUUGGCAUCGACACCAACUUCGCUGGAACUGCAGCACAGACUUGAGCGAUCAAAAGUUCCUAGGAUACGACAUCAGCUAUCUGCACUCCGCACGAUCGCCUACAUCAAAGUCGUACUACUCGUCACCUGUGCCAGCCUCGCUCGCUCAAACUCUACAGACAAGGUCGCCCUGUCGUUUCUUGUCAAUACGAACGGAUUGACAUUGAAGCCUGCAGCCUGCCGAAGGUCAUACAAGCUUCGUUCCACACAGCAAAACGUGGGUAACCCUGUCCAGAACUCUCUUUUGGGAGUACAUCGGACAGCUGCGUAA